CACACAGCUGGACAGGUAGAAGUUGCUGUUACUACAAACAAAAUGCGUGCCAAUAUGAUGUAUUUUGGAAUAAUGGAAUUGGUUCUGAUUCUUUUUGCAGAGCCAGUCUACAUGCAGGGGACUUCACUAUCCCCUACAAGUGCUUCAAGUGUUUCCUUUUCUACCCAGACUAUAGCAUCAUCUGUACCCAUUUUAAAUUCAACAAUAAAUAGCACCGCUUCUUCAACCUUAACAUCAUCUUCAACUUCCAUAGGAAAUACAACAGUCAUAAACUCAACUUCUUCAACUUCAAUGUCAAUGUCAACUAGUACAGGAAAUGAAACAACAAACAGCUCCACUUCAGCAACUUCAAUUUCAAUGUCAACUAGUACAGGAAAUGCAACAACAAACAGCUCCACUUCUGCAAAUUCACCAUCUUCAAUUAGCACAAGUAUGACAAUAAACAACUCAACUUUUUCAACAUCUUCUACAAUUAGCGCACAAAGUACAACUACAAAUAAAUCAAAUUCUUCAUCUUCACCGAGCACAGGACAUGCAACAAUCAACAGUUCUAUUUCCUCAAGUUCAACAUUAUCUUCAGUUAGCCCAAAUAGUGCACUAAGUGGCAACAACUCUACUCCCCAGAAUGCAACAUCAUCUUCGGUUAACACAGUACCCGUCUCUUCCACCACUAAGUCUACCACCAAAAAUUCUGCCACUCUGAUAUCCUGUUCAAUUUAUAAGACUGCACAACUUCUUCUAAUUGCUGUGUUUCUUAAUCAGGCAUUUAUUUUCAAAUAAAUAUUAAAAUUCAACUGAUUUAAAGUUGUAAAUCAACCUAAAAUUUGAUCUUUCAUAUGUAUAUACACCUAAUAUAUAUAUAUAUAUAUAUCAAUUUGUAUGUCAAAUUAAGACUUAAUAGUUUGCAGACAUGUGCAUGAUUGGUACAUAUGUGUUUUAUGAAGUAUAAUUUAUUCCAAAUGUACAGAUUGCCUGGAAUGGGUGUUGAAAACUGAAAGGCAAUUGCACCAUUCUCAGUGGUCCAAUGAGCCAACUUUACUGGUAACUGGGAUACUGAGUCUAAAACCAGAACGAUGGAAAGGUCUACAAUGCAUCUAGCAAGAAAGGCUCAUGUUUCUACCACUAUGAAAGGCAUGCUCUGUUUUAUUUUUUAAUUGGUUUUUUAUACAUGUAUUUAACUAUGAAAACAAUUUGCCACAAGUUCCAAAAAUUCUUUAAAAUUUAAAAAAAAUGAUAAUAAAUAUUGGUAUUGGUAUUGUAAGACUGAAUCCAUCCAGUCAUUUUUUUCUAAAAAAAAAAAGAAGGAAUUGUAAUUCUGAAUUUUUUGUUGGAUGAAAAGCAUGCAGUCAUCUACUUCUCCAAUUUGUCAAUGAAAUAUUGCUCUUAAAAUAGGGGGAUAAGGCAUAUUAUUGAGUUUGGCUCCUUGAUUUAUGUAUAACAGAUAAAACAAUAAAAAUAUCUCACACUCCA